ACGGAUGAAAUGGCCCACCAGCGGCGGAGACACUAUCGCGAGAUUCGCCAAAGUGUCCCUUCUGCUAACCCUUAGUGUCGAGGAUGGUUUCUUCCUGUGCUGUAUGCAGUGCUCCAGCUAGCCAGCAGUGUGCGGGAUGCCAGCAGACGGCUUACUGUGGCCGCGAUCACCAGCGGCAGCACUGGAAAGCGACGCAUCGCCGCGAGUGCCACUGUUACCGGGUGGUUGAAAAUGCCUGCCUUGGGCGCUACGUGGUAGCCACCAGAAACAUCCGGCAGGGAGAGGUCAUCUUCCGCGAUGCACCAGCCGUCGUCGGUCCCAAGAUGGCGAGUGUACCGGUCUGUUUGGGCUGCAACCGGGAUCUGAUGGCCACCGCCACCGUUCGGCAGCAAGGUGACGCAAACUUCCGGUUCCACCAGUGCUCCCGCUGCGGAUGGCCCGUCUGUGGUGCGGAAUGCGAAGCGGCGGACCAACAUCGCUCGGAAUGCAGGCUCAUGGCGGGCAGCAGCUACCGCCCGAAGAUCUAUCCAGCCCGGGAGGAACAAGCUAGAAGGGAAUCGGCUUACUGUGUGAUCGUACCGCUACGAGUACUGCUGCUGCAGUCGCAUUCCCCCGACACGUACGCUCAACUGCAGCGUCUCGAGUCGCACGUUACGGAGCGCCUCAAGUCACCACUGUACGAGGUAGUCCGUUCGAACCUGGUACCGUUCAUACGGAGCGUGCUAGGACUGCAGCAGUACAGUGCCGAAACGAUCCUGGAAGUGUGCGCUAUGCUCGACACGAACUGCUUCGAGAUCCGGCUACCGGAGCGGCGAACCAAGGUACGGGCACUGUAUCCGCUGGGUGCCAUGCUUUCCCACGACUGUCGACCCAACACGAAGCACUACUUUGAUGACGCGUUACGCAUGGUUUUGGUCGCCACCGUCGACAUCGAGCGGGGUGCCACCAUCAGCACGUCCUACACUCAACCCUUGCUCGGUACGCUACACCGUCGACUAGCCCUCAAGCAAUCCAAGCACUUCGACUGCCAGUGCGAACGAUGUACCGAUCCGACCGAGCUCGGAACCAAUCUCAGCGGCUUCCGGUGUCCGGUCUGUCGCAAGGGUAUCGUUCUGUCCGCUCAACCCUGCAGCCCCCAGUCGGUCUGGCGUUGCCGGCAGCAAAAGUGUGCGUUCAGCGAGACGGCCACGGCGUACGCGGCACGCUGUACCCAGCUGCAGCAGCAACUACUGAGCCUAGACCGUACGCAGCCCACCGGAUACGAAGCCUUUCUCCAGCAGCACCAGUCUACCGCGCACGGCUGGAAUGCGUUCGUGCUGCAGGCCAAAUAUGCGCUGAUCCAACUGUUGGACCACCAGGCGACAGGCGCCAAGCUGGAACCGCCUGAAAAUCCCGCGCAAGAGGGACACUUGCGCCGUACGGUAGAGCUAUGCCGUGAUCUACUGGAUGUUGCUAAUCGCUUAGAACCCGGUAUCGGUUUCUUUCGAGUCAAGCUACUAGUUUCUCUAGAGAAAGCGCUCGCUGCACUACAGAAGCGGUGGCCGAAGAAAUCGCGGGAAGCGGAAUGGCUUUCAGUCAAGGAAGAACUUGCUCGUAUGUCGAAACUCGAUCCUUCCAUAAACACCAAUUGUGAAUGAAAGAUGAGAAUAUUUGUGUGUUCGGAUGUUAUCCUACCUAUCUUAC